UUGGAGUCUGGACUAGAGUCAGAAGUGGUCUCUCUCUCUCUCUCUCUCUCUCUCUCUCUCUCUCUCUCUCUCUCCUCAUUCCAAAAGUUUCAAAUCAAACGGUUGCUCCUACUCCCGCCGAGACGCCUGAGUUAUUCUCUUCUCUGGAUCUACGCCUGCAACUGUCUUUCUCCGCCGCCGUGCCAUUGCCAAACUACGCUGGAGAAGACAAAAGGGGGAAACCCGAAGAAACAGACAUCUGAAAUAGGGUUCAGACCAACAAUCGAAUCGCAGCAAUCCAGCAGCACAGAACCGCUCCUCCUAUGGUUACUGCCAAAAGACAAGUCCAACUGCACAGACCCAAUCAACGCCCCGGUAGUAAUACCCAUCCCUCGCCUCCUUCUGCUACAAUAUAUCCAUCACUUGCUGCUAACUCUCAUUUUCUUUUCGAGAUUACCAGUUGAUUGGGGGAACCGCGAUCUUCUUCCUGAUAGCCAGAAGGUUCCGCGUGAUGGCAUUUCUGAAAAUAGCAGAGAAGCCCAUGUUGCUGCUGGGUCUAUGGUACUGUCAAAUAAUACUUCCAGAAGGCCAUUUGUACCAUCUGGCAUUGGAACGAUUUCUAAGGUGUAUUCAAGAACCCAGCAGAACACCAAAGGCAAGAAUGAUAAUAAAGAAGAUCAGAAGGUUAGAAGAAGGGCAUUAGCAGAUAUAAGCAAUGCUCGUGGCAGCAGUUCUUCUGGGCCAGUCACUGGACCUAAGCCUUUGGCGUCAAAGGGAUCAAACUCUAGGAUUGUGCUUCCCAAAGCAAGGAAAUCUUCAUUGGUGAAACCAAGAGAUAAUGCAACGCAAAGAGUUGGUGAUCGCAAUUCUCUCACUAGCAGUGUUACUGAACUGGGAACCUCUUCAAAUGAUGCAAGCAAAGAGCCUAGAAUUGCAAACCAGCCAUCUGUUAGCAAUAGUACAAGGUGCUUACCACUGUUGAUGACUGCCGAGCAAAGGAUAGAUGCAAAGGACAAUCACAAGGGGUCAGUCAAAACCCAAAGCGUCGGCAUUUUUGCAGUUAAGACCCGACUCAGUAGGAAAGUAGUACCCCAAGUGAGCAUGGGUCGGAGCCAUUUACAGAGGAAUGGAGCAAGAGAAGGUCCAACAGCAUUGGAGGAAACUAACAGAAAUGACCGUAUCGCAUUUAGGAAAUCUGCUGGGCCAUUAGUGAAGCCUGCAAUCAAGGGUUCCAACACCCAUAGGGUUUUAGGAUCCAACGGUGCGCCAACUGCUAAGAAAUCCUCCUCCAUUGCAGCAAUCUCAUCUUCAGGAAACAAUGAAGCCGAGGCCUCUUCUGUUAGGGAGAACAUCCCUAAAAUGGUUUCCUUUGAAGUCUCUCUACCAGAAACUUCAUCUGAUGCCAAAAAUUCUAUUGUGGUUGAUGGUAAUGCUACUUCCAAUAAAAAGUCUCGUCGUAGAAGAUCUUAUACUUCUCUCUUGAUGACAAGAUCAAAGCUGUUAGAAGAGAAUGAAGGUCUGCCAAGCAUAGAUGAUGCUUGCAAUGAAUUGGAAGUUGCUGAAUAUGUCGACGACAUCUAUCAAUAUUACUGGUUUCUAGAGGGCCAUAACAUAUCUCUGGCAGAUUACAUGUCAACGCAGACUGUUAUUACACCUCAGAUGCGAGGGAUUUUGAUAAACUGGCUCAUUGAAGCACACGGCAAAUUUCGGUUGAUGCAAGAAACCCUUUAUCUGAUGGCCACAUUGUUGGACCAAUACCUAUCACAAGUCCAAAUCCAAAAGUGUGAACUGCAACUAGUUGGUCUUACUGCUCUAUUGCUGGCAUCAAAAUAUGAGGACUUCUGGCAUCCUAGGAUCAAAGAUCUUGUUAGUAUCUCUGGGGAGGCAUACACACAUGGGCAAAUGCUUGAAAUGGAGAAACAAGUUCUUCGGAAACUGAAGUUUCGUCUCAAUGUUCCAACGGCCUAUGUGUUCAUGCUGCGAUUUCUGAAGGCUGCUCAAUCAGAAUCUAAGCUUCAAAACCUGGCACAUUACCUCAUCGAGUUGUGUUUAGUGGAAUAUGAAGCUCUAAAGUUCAAGCCGUCCAUGGUAAGUGCAUCAGCCAUCUUUGUUGCCCGUUGUACUCUCAAGAUGGAUCCAGCAUGGACUCCUCUACUUGCCAAACAUGCACGCUAUGGUGUUCCCCAGCUCAGGGAAUGUGCUGAGAUGAUAUUAAGGUUUCAAAAGAUGGCAAGAACAGCACGAUUGCAGGUCACAUACGACAAGUUUAUGACUCCUGAACUGGGUAGUGUUGCUGCUAUAAAGCCCUUAAAUGAGCUUCCACUUUGAAGCUCUCCCCUACUGGAUGCCAGUGCCCAAAUGCUGAAUGUCGUCUUCCUCAUGGUCAUCUCUGAUGACUGUUUUACAGAGCGAAGGAUUGAAAUCGAUUGCAGGCUUCACUGGUCUAGCUAUGAUGAUUAGUGUUUGUUUUGACAGACAAAUAUUAAUGACUGUAUAUCUUGCGUUUGUAUCUGUAGUAUUAACCAAGUAAAAUGAUGAGAAACAGAAGUGGUCGGCUUGUUUCUUGAGUAGAUCCCCAACAUUGCCAACUGCUUGUGGCUGUGGGGUUGAGCUUGUUGAAAGGAGAUGAUCAAUAUUUGUGGCAUCUUAUUCAAACAUGCAGUAUGAAAAUUAGUAGUGGUUUGCUGCCUAGUCC